AGUUAAAUAAAGUGUAGAAAUAAUUGAGCUAAAAGUUUGGUGCUUAAGAUAAAAUACAUGACUGGUACUAGACUACUAGUGAACAAGAAGAAAAGAAACAAACUCAUUCUGUCAAAUUAAACAGCAUAGAAAUGGAGGGUGAAAAUUCAAGGCAUGUCAUGGUCCUAACAUACCCAGCACAAGGCCACAUAAACCCCCUUCUACAAUUCACCAAGCUUAUGGCCUCAAAAGGUAUCAAAGCCACCUUAGCUACCACUCGUUACACUGCCUCCGCCAUCCAAGCCCCUGGCAUAACCAUUGAGCCCAUUUCUGAUGGUUUUGAUGAAGGUGGGUUCAAGCAAGCUUCAAGUCUACAAGCCUACUUACACUCUUUCAAAGUCAUAGGCUCAAAGUCACUUACUGAGUUGAUUGAGAAGUUCAAGAGCUCUUGUUAUCCUGUUGACUGUUUAGUUUAUGAUUCUUUACUGCCUUGGGCACUAGAUGUGGCUAAGGAAAUGGGAGUUUGUAAAGCUGCUUUUUUGACAAAUUCUGCUUCUGUUUGCUCCUUGUAUUGGUACCUUCAUCAUGGUCUUCUUUCUCUGCCUCUGACACCUGAUAGUUUUCCUCUGGUUUUGCCGGGACUUCCUGAUCUUCGGUCUUCUGACUUGCCUAGUUUCAUCGCGCACCCUUUGGAAUUUUCCGAGUAUCUUGGAUCAAUCAUGGAGCAAUUUUCUACUCUGGAGGAAAAUGAUUGGGUUUUUAUCAAUACAUUUGCAGAACUGGAAAGCGAGAUAGACAAGGCGAUGUCAGAGAAAUGGCCAUUGAAGAUGGUUGGACCGAUGUUGCCAUCUGCAUACCUAGGACAACAAAUGGAGGACAGAGAAUACGGAGGAAGUCUGUGGAAUCAAGCCACAGAAAACUGCUUAAGAUGGCUAGACACAAAACCCUCUAACUCAGUAAUUUACAUCUCCUUUGGAAGCAUGGCAGAGAUACCAGGAAAACAGGUAGAAGAACUAGCCUGGGGUUUGAAAAACUUGGAAAGCCCUUUCCUUUGGGUUUUCAGGGAAUCAGAUAAGAAGCUACCUCCCGAGUUUCUCACAUCACACAACGAUGAAGUUGGAAUAGUUGUAUCAUGGUGCAACCAGUUAGAGGUGCUAGCCCACCGAGCCACAUGCUGUUUCAUCACACACUGUGGGUGGAACUCAAUGUUAGAGGGCCUGAGUCUUGGUGUGCCUAUGCUAGCGAUCCCUCAAUGGAGUGAUCAGCCAAUGAAUGCGAAGAUGAUGGAGGACGUUUGGAAAUUGGGAGUGUGAGCCAAGAAGGGUAGUGAAGGCAUUGUAAGUCGGGAAGAAAUAGAGAGGAGUGUAAGGGAGGUUAUAGCAGGGUUAAGCAGCGAAGAAAUAAGGAAAAACUCAUGUAGCUGGAGAAAGCAAGCUGGUAGGACAGUAAGCAAAGGCGGUAGUUCUGAGAUAAAUAUAGACAAGUUCUUGCAGACACUGCAGAAAAAAUUGAAGCACAAAGCUAUAAGCAGAGAAUAAACAAUUAAUGUGUACUUUGUAUAUGCCAUAUUAGUUGUACAAUAUAGAUCUCCAGUUUCAUUUGAAUCUACAAUAUAGAACUUUCUUUAUGUAUACAUGAGCUACUUUCAUAAGUAUGAAAUAUAUAGUGGGAUGCUUCACUGCUUUUAA